UCCCAGUUGCCACACAAAAUGGUUUUCUACUUCAAGAGCAGCGUCGUCCAGCCGCCGGCGAUGCUCUACAUGGGUCGCGACAAGCACGAGAACGAGGAGCUCAUCCGAUGGGGCUGGCCGGAGGACGUGUGGUUCCACGUCCACGAUCUCUCCUCGGCCCACGUUUAUCUGAGACUCCGCAAGGGCCAGACCAUCGACGACAUACCCAGCGAUGUCUUGGUGGACGCCGCCCAGCUGUGCAAGGCGAACAGCAUCCAGGGCAACAAGGUGAACAAUUUGGAGGUGGUCUACACCAUGUGGGAGAACCUGAAGAAGACACCGGACAUGGAGCCCGGCCAGGUGGCCUAUCACAACGAGAAGGCGGUGCGUCGCAUCCGUUUGGAGAAGCGCAUCAACGAGAUUGUCAAUCGGCUGAACAAGACCAAGACGGAGGAGGAGCACCCCGAUUUCCGGGGGCUGCGCGAGGCACGCGAUGCCGCCGAGCGGCAGGAUCAGAAGAAGCUGCAGCGCGAGCGACGCGACCAGGAGAAGGAGGCCGCCAAGCAGCGGGAGCUGGAGGCCGAGCUGCGCAGCUACGCCUCGCUGCAGAAGAGCGAGAAUAUGCGCACCAACUACGAUGCGGGCAACGAGUCGGACGACUUCAUGUAGUCCCUGCAGCUCCCGAUGCACCAGCCCCUCGCAUUUACCACUAACAUCUCUCGUUCUUCUAUUAAAUCUUACGCAAAUCGUUUUGUAAAGUCUCAA